AUGGCUGAGAUAGUAAAUAACGGAGGAUAUUUUUUAUCUCGAGCAGGACGUUCGAAAUAUCAGUUUUAUGUCAUAGGACUAAUUAUAUUUUUGCUUCUUUUGAAUGGUUAUCCAAAAUUUAUAUUUAAAGAAAAAUAUCACAUUCCUUGGUUGACUGAUGUUAGACAAGUACAACCGCUGGAAUGUUAUCCAGUCAAUUUAUCAACAGUUUCUCAACAUUGGCCUUAUUUUGAUCAGAAAACAUUAUCAUUAUCAAUUUCAAAUGCUCAUAAAAACAAUGAAAAUCAAGUAAAUUUGAAGAAAGACUCGUUGUCUUUAACCAUCGUUAUUGUAACAGCUAAACCUGAAUUUCAUCGAUUACCAUUAACUCUUGUUGCCCUUCUUAUUCAUCUUGAUCCAUUACAUAUUAAAGAAGUGAUGUUCUUAGUACCACCAAGGGAUAUCGAAUUAUUAAAACCACUUAUUUUGACAUCAGCAUCUAUAUGGCCUUGGCCAAUUACUUUUAUCAGUGACGAUAUCUUAUUAAAACAUGUACAUACAGACUCAUAUCGUCUCCAAAUGAUGUUUAAAUUAGUUGUUGCUCAAAUAAUCGUUACUGAAUUCUAUCUGAUAUUAGAUAGUGAUUGUGUAGCUGUUUGGCCAAUUCAUGUUGAACAUUUAUUAUGGAAAACAAAAAAUGGAAAUUUGAAUACACCUGCUGUUCGUGCACUCUAUCAAUACGAAGAACGAGAUGAUCGAAAAUUAUGGUGGCCUGCUAGUGAAUCUGUUCUUCAAGUUAAAAGUAAUACGUGUACAUCAUCCAGUCCAUCAUCUCCUACAAUUGGUGUUACACCUGCUAUUCUUUCACGAUCAAUUGCACUACGAGCAUUAUGUCGUUUACAAUAUUUAUAUGGUCAUCAACAUUAUUUAAUACGUUUAGCUAAUUGGAAAUUGAUUAAUUUAAUUUGGGGAUCAAUGUGGACAGAAUAUACAAUAUACUUUCUUACAUCCGAAUGUACACAAACAUUUCAUACAAAUCAUUUUCAUAUGGCACCAUCGAUGCCACCACUCAAUUUAUAUGGGCUUAGUGUUUAUUAUUCAACAGAUUGGCAUUCAUUUAAUCGAAAUCAAUUAAGAGAAAUUGUUAAAACAGGUUUAAAAUGGAGACAAAAAGAAUUUGAAUUUGGUUCAUCAAUUAUUGAUUAUUCACAAAAACGUAGUCUAUUCACAGUUUUACAAGGAAGACAAUAUAUUAAUCCUAUACUCUUUCAUAAAUUAUUGUAUCCAUUGUAUAUUGAACAUUUAAAAUUAAGAAAUUCAACAUCAACCAUAGUAGAACAGACAAUUAAUUUACUAGACAAUAUGGUAAAACAAUUGAUUAAAUCAUAG